AUGCUGGGAUGGGCUAAAGACAACCCACAGUGCGUCACUGUUUUGGUCAGGGAGAAUUUGGCGCGUCUCAAGGAUUUCUUCAAUGUAGAAGACACAAGCUUUGUGCAACCUGUUGCAGAAAACAUUUUUCCGAUCUUGUCUGACGCCGGAGUUCGCUUGCAGUUGGUUUUGGACAACAUUUUUGACACGGAACUGGGUGAAGAUGGGAAGAUGUUGAUGAGCCUCGCCCGUGCUGCGCACGGAUAUGGACAGGUCAUCGCAGUUACGCAGUCUGAAGGAAUUGCGAAGGAAGUAGCUCAUCUCAAUGGAGCGCGAACACGACUAGCACCACAGCAGGAGAAUGUGAGCGUGAGAGAGUACAGAUGGAAUGAGAUGCAGGCAUACGAACUCCUGUUGUAUUUGAAUGCAACAAAGAAGGUUAAGAAUUCCAGCAAGCCCCGCAGAACGAGAUGGUGGAGAUGGUGGUGCACAGUGCUGCAUAUCUUCAAGAAACAGACAACAGAGGUAGAGUCCCAGCUUGAGAAGGCAGUACAGAAAACCACAGCCGAGUUCAAAGAGGAUGAGCUCCUGAUCUCGAAGACUUUGGACAGUGCAAGCAUGCCUUAUGGCAGCUGGAAACCAGUGGACAUCAAAGAGUUCCUGCUUUCAGGCAGGAAGCCGGUCACAGCCAUUGCAGGCGCUGCCUCAGCACCUCAAGCUGUUUGGGUUUGUCAGCUCCAGCCAAGCAAGGACGGCGAACAGUUUGAAUUGACGGGCAAUCCGUUCAAAAUUACUGCAAGUGUCAGAGAUGUGGACGACCUCAAAGAAGUGGGUGCAGAUGGCGUGGACUGCUCGACCGGCUCACGCGCUACGACCCCAGGCUGCGAAUCACAGAGCGCGCGCUGGAGCACCCGCCUGAGUCUGUUCAACGACGACGUGAAGAGGACACUCGCCUUUUCUGAGCCCUUCAGCCUUCAAGGUGGACGACCUCAAAGAAGUGGGUGCAGAUGGCGUGGACUGCUCGACCGGCUCACGCGCUACGACCCCAGGCUGCGAAUCACAGAGCGCGCGCUGGAGCACCCGCCUGAGUCUGUUCAACGACGACGUGAAGAGGACACUCGCCUUUUCUGA